AUGAAAAGAAACAAUCAGAAUCAUAGCUUUAAACCUUUUCAAUUACCUUCAGAACGUUCCAAAACCUCUGACCAUUCCUCUCCUUCAAGUAGCAGAGCUGGUGUCAUUGAUCAGAGACUUGUCGAGGGCUCCCAACAGCCACGCUAUAGUCCAUCACCCCCGAAGCUACCCAAAAGGCUUCUAUCCCUUCAUCAUCAUGAAGAUUAUGAAGACAGUUUAGAUGCUUUCGACUUGGAGUUGCUUGCUUCCGAAGACAAAGAAGAUACCAUCAGAGAUUCAGGGCUUGGGCUGUCCAGAUCAACUCCAAAUCAGACAUCCCAUCAGCCGAGUCUCCAGCCCUCGCAGUUCUCUCGUUUCUUUGAUUCUAGCUCGAGCAUCACGCCUUACCGUGGUAAUGGAUCCAGCUCUUCAGAUCCUAUCUUGGGACUUGGAUCUAGCCCCCUGGCUUUGUUCCGCUCGAAACCCAAGCAUCCCCCAGUGGGACAACCUGGCCUCGAGACCAACCGUGAACUACAACGGGGGGACCAAUCUCCGCCGCAGAAGCCGCCUCCAGCAAACCAAGCCAUAAUUACCGCGAAGGGAACUCAAAGACACUUCAGCAACGUGCCACUAUCGAUACGAGGCAUUGUGCUUGUAUCAGUGAGCGACCUACCCGAGGCGUACCGCGCAAUGUUCUCCUUCCCACUCUUCAAUGCCAUUCAAUCUAAAUCUUUCCACUCCGUCUACAACAGCGACGACAACAUAGUCAUUUCUGCACCAACGGGAAGCGGCAAGACAGUCAUAAUGGAACUGGCGAUUUGCAGACUUCUCAACAUCCUCAAAAACGAACGUUUCAAAGUCGUCUACCAAGCACCCACCAAAUCCCUUUGCAGUGAACGCUUUCGAGACUGGCAUUCCAAGUUCUCGAAGUUGAAUCUCAAAUGUGCCGAGCUGACAGGAGACACGGAUCACAUGCAGCUGCGCAGUGUGCAAAGCAGCCAGAUAAUUAUCACGACACCAGAGAAAUGGGACAGCAUGACUCGCAAAUGGAGAGAUCAUAUGAAGCUGAUGCAGUUGGUCAAACUGUUUCUCAUUGACGAGGUCCAUAUCCUGAAAGAGACGCGUGGUGCAACUCUCGAGGCUGUGGUAUCUCGCAUGAAAAACAUCGGAUCGAACGUGCGAUUCCUAGCCUUGAGCGCUACUGUUCCUAACUCCGAAGACAUUGCGACUUGGCUCGGCAAGGACGCGACGAAUCAGCAUGUCCCUGCACACCGUGAACAUUUCGGUGAAGAGUUUCGUCCCGUGAUAUUGAAGAAGGUGGUAUAUGGCUAUCCGUCCAGCUCCAACGACUUUGCAUUUGAUAAAGUCUGUGGGUCAAAAUUGUCGGAGGUCAUCGAACAGCAUUCAGCACAGAAGCCCAUCAUGAUCUUCUGUUGUACUCGAAACUCAGCUCUCGUGACAGCCAAAGACCUGGCUCGUAUUUGGAGUUUGACUAAUCCUCCAGCUAGGCUUUGGAAAGGACCUCAGAGGCGGCUCGAAGCAACGAAUGAGGACCUCAAAACAACGCUGGCUGCUGGUGUGGCAUUCCACCACGCAGGUUUAGGGUCCGAAGACCGCCACACUGUCGAAACGGGGUACAAAGAUGGAAACAUCAAUGUGAUUUGCUGCACCUCGACGCUUGCUGUUGGUGUCAACCUACCCUGUCACCUCGUGAUCAUCAAAAACACCGUCGGCUGGCAAGACGGCAGGUGCAAAGAAUACUCCGAUUUGGAGAUGAUGCAAAUGCUCGGCCGGGCAGGGAGACCACAAUUUGAUGACAUUGCCACAACGGUUAUCCUCACAAAGAAAGACCGCGUCGCACAUUACGAGAAAUUGAUUCAAGGCUCCGAAAGCCUGGAAAGCUGCCUCCAUCUCAAUUUGAUUGAUCAUCUCAAUGCAGAGAUUGGGCUCGGCAAUAUCGGCGAUAUCGAGUCAGCUGUCAAAUGGCUUGCUGGGACGUUCUUGUUUGUGCGACUUCGUCGGAAUCCCACGCACUACAAUCUCAAGGAGGGCGCAAACCACGAAGACGAAGAUGAUCUGCUGCGACAGAUCUGUGAGAAAGACAUCAAGCUACUCCGAGAGUGUGAGCUUGUAGAGACGGAGUCUCUUUCCUUGACUCAAUUUGGCGAGGCGAUGGCUCGAUACUAUAUUAAAUUCGAGACGAUGAAAGUCCUGCUAUCACUGCAAGCAAGAGCGACACUCUCUGAGAUCCUCAACAUAAUUUCUCGAGCCUCAGAAUUCCAUGAAAUUCGACUCAAAGCCAACGAGAAGUCCCUCUACCGAGAGAUCAAUCGAGAUGCUGGCAUUCGCUUCCCGAUCAAAGUUGAUCUAGCCUUGCCUGCCCAUAAAGUAUCUCUCUUGAUUCAAUCAGAAUUAGGAGGCAUCGACUUUCCCGCUACCGAGGGACUUCAAAAGCACAAGUUCACUUUCUAUCAAGACAAAGGACUUGUCUUUGGACACGUCAAUCGUCUAAUCAGAUGCUUGAUCGACUGCCAGAUCGCUCGCAAUGACUCGCCCAGUGUCCGCAACGCAUUAGAACUAGCUCGCAGUCUCGGUGCGAGGGUUUGGGAUCACUCACCUUUGCAGAUGAAGCAGAUUGAGCAAAUCGGUGUUGUUGCGGUACGCAAGCUCGCUGGUGCUGGGAUUACAAGCAUCGAGACUCUCGAAAGCACGGAGGCGCAUGAGAUUGAGGUGGUUCUCAGCAGAAACCCGCCUUUUGGAUCGAAGUUGCUCGCGCGACUCAGAGAAUUUCCGAAGCUUUGGGUUGCUGUGAAGUUGAUUAAAAAGGAUGUCAAAAUCAAUAGUGUCAAAAUUCGCUUUGAGGUUGAGCUUGCGUUUAUGAACGACAAGACUCCGGCAUUAUUCCAACGCAAACCUGUUCAUGUGUGCUGUUUGACCGAGAGGUCAGAUGGUAAUAUGAUUGAUUUCAGACGCAUGAAUGCAAACAGGAUCCAAGAUCGUCUGAAGAUUGAGCUUAGCACACCGCUGACGAGCCCGGACCAGUCAGUCAAGUGUCAUGUAAUGUGCGACGAGAUUGCUGGGACUUCCCGACAAGCUGAGCUCCAGCUUGAUCUACCCGCCCACAUCUUUGCGACAGUCCAAAAGAGGAACCCAUAUUCUCACGAUGCAGCGAGACGAGUGAAUGAUAUCCAAGAUUCUACUAUUGACAACACUCAGAAUCCGUCGACGAAACAUACGCAACCAGCUCAUGGAUUUACUGCCAUCAACAAAUCGAAGACAACGGAAGUCACUCAUCAAAGCAGUUUGAACAAAUCUCAUGCCAAUCCCAAACGUCGCCGAGACCUGGACGAUUUUGACGGCGAUGACUUGGAACUUGACGACUUCCUGACUGUUCACGAUCGUCGCGAUCAGGCAAGGCAGGCAAAACAGUCUUCCAUUCACCAAGCAUUACAACUGGAUGAUGCGGACUGGCUCUCGAUUGCUACAACCACUCCAAGUCCACCAAAGCCAGCACACAAAACUGGUGCAUCUCGGGAAGACGAUUGGGCUGCCGAACUUGGCGAACAAGAGGACGAGGAAUAUGACCCGAUCAGACUUCUCAAUGGAAAAUGGGCUUGCAAUCACAAAUGCAAGGACAAGACCAGUUGCAAACAUUUCUGUUGCCGGGAAGGUUUGGAUAAGCCACCCCCGAAGCCCAGAAAGCGGGCGGCGUCCAUUACCCAAAAGGAGGUCGGCCAGCUAACUUUCCCAACCAAUAAGAUCAAAUCAAAAUCAGAUAGCUCUGUCAUUAAUUUCAAUACAGGAGGUGCUUCUACAAAGCAUUCAAAAAGCGACCCUCAAAAUCUUUUCAGCACCGCGAAGCCGAAGAGAUCAACACCACAGUUGAAGAAAAAGCCCUCGAUCCGAGGAAGACCCGCACUUGAAGAGAAAGACAAAAACAUUCUGACGGUCAAGAAAAAUCAAGAUACAACGAUGAAGCCCGCAUCCAGUGAUUACGGCGACGAAAGUUUCGACGAUCUGCCGUCUCCAUCGCAACUUCUGGGAAGUGCCACUAAAAGGCUCGUGAAAGUGGAGGCUUCGAUGAGCGAAGUUCAGGGAAAUAUGGCUGGACCCACUGUUACUGACAUCAAAGCCGAACCCCAGGGAAGUACUGGUCUAUUGAAUGAAAGCAAGGAGCUCCAUGGAAGCAAACAGAGCAGGCCAACGACUCCCCAGGAACGCGAGAUUAUUGUGAUCCCAGAUGACACACCCCCACAGACCCCAGAGAAUUUGAUGCCAAAGCUUGAAUCAGUGGCCUUCGAUAAAAGCCCAUCCGAAGUUUCAGAAGGGUCACAAUCCAACCAUCUGAAACGGAAGGCAACAGAGGAUGAGACUCAAGAUACCCGACGUCCCAAACGCAACCCAUUUCUUCCUCCUUUCAAAAUCCCAUCUUUCAUGAUCCCAGAUAGUACACCACCACAGAAUACGGAGAGCUUGACGGAAGAUGUCGAACCUCCCGAGCGAAACCCCUUUCUUCCUCCUUUCGAGAUCCCGUCUUUCAUGAUCCCCCAGUCAAGGGAACCAUCCCAGGAACUAUCGAUUGACCCCGAGAAACCCAAAGUGGAAAUCAAAAAUGGUGUGACGCCCGAGCCGCCAGUGCCAGUCGAGGCGCGGUGGGAGCCCGAAAUCCCCGUGCCUCGCACAUGGCUUGACUUGAAUGAACACUGGCGCCUUGAGGAUAUGGAUAUCGUUGCGGAUUUCAAAAACAUUGUUGAUUUUAUUUAG